CACUUCUUGCAGUACUGUUUCUUCAUCUUACACUGCAGCUGCCAUAUGUACGCACGACACAUGACUUGAUACGGGAUAAUUAGCUGCAGGGGAAGACGUUCUCUUGUUUUGCUCCCACAAAUGUGCUAAAAGUACGCUGAAACCACCUCAAACUUAUGCCAGCGUGUCAUUCUCGAUUGCACUACUACGACGUCAGUGGACAGCGACCGCCAAUUCUACUGUGCCAGCAAGCAUGCAGCCACUCACCUCGUUGUCUCUUUGGAUGGUUCCAACGAGCCUUUUGCUUCUCUCACUCUUGUCGACCGUACUGCAUCAGCCUACCGCGGCUACGCCCAUGUGGCCAGCUAGGACCGGCAGCACAUCGCACGCAGCCGCAGGCACCGGAAAUUCAAUCGACAGUAGCACCACUGAAGACGCGAUCGCCAGCCCUCAAUACGAGAAGGAUUUCUGGCUACUCAACAAUGAUGACCAGCCUACCUUCUACAAAGCAUUGUUCUCACUUUCAUCAGUCAUGAGCGAGGCUGCUACAGACGCCUGCAAUGGAGGUGAUCCAAAGAUCUUUAAAGUACAAAGCGACAGGUGUGAGAAGACCUGCUCGAAUGCCCGAUCUAGAUACGCGGAUCAUUAUGUACGUGUUCUGACCCCCAAAUCGACGCGAAGAAAAAGUGACGGUUGCGUACGAGGCACGGAUAUUCAUAUAGAGGAUAUGGAAUUCGUGCAUAAGCUGAGCUUCCUCACUCGUGUUUGCGCUUGGCAAUGCAGCUGUAAAAUAUUCAACCGUGUCGAAUACAUCCAGAUGCCUCAAGUCACUUAUAAGAAACACCAAAUCUUGGAGCUCUCGCCAAGACACGAUGAAGCUUAUUGGAAAAACUAUCGUGGGUUCCACCAACACUCCACACGCUGUCAUGUUACCACUAUACAAGCUUGGGUGUCACAAGCAGCAAGUGAGGCGCAGAGUGAGGAGUUCGCCAAAAUCAAAUGGGAGGUGCGACUUGAGGCCAUUGUCGAUGAGCACAUAACCGUUCCCAGUACCAUCUUUGAUGAGCAGAUGUCCAUGGAAUGUUACUGCGCCCGACGCGGAAAAAGCAGCAGGCACAGAUAUCUUCGUGGUUACUGCCUGAAAGGCCAUUUGAGACACACCAACCCCAAGAAAGAUCACCCUUCUCAGGAUGUAGCAUCCAACAAUCAGCAAAUGUGCCCCUGGCCACCGACCAUGAAUCCAUUAUACGGCAGUGCAGCCCAUUCACCGGGUUCAGGACAGAUGCCAUCAGGGCUUAGCCAUUAUCCGCAGUCGUCGCAUCGAGCAGGUGCAGCUGGAUCAAGCCAUCAAUUGACAUCUGAGCAGUUGCGGGACCAGCAGUAUGAGCUGUGGGUAGUUAACAUGUUUGGGUCCGGACAGGUGAACUCGGUACCAAAUAAUGACGGGGUCCCUGAGCCGGUGACACUUUGGCCUCAGCAAUGUCUGUUGAACAAUCCAAGUGAGUAUCAAUCUGAUCAGUAUCAGGCCGCUCCAGCUUAUGGAGAGUCAUCAGGGCAAGGAAAUCCCUCGCAGCAUUAUGAUUAUUCAGUCGACCAACAACACGCACACACUCAGAGAGGUCAGCAAAUCGAUAUCGAUUUGUUUAAUUGGUAUCAGAAUUGGUAUCAAAAUCGGGAUCGGAACGGUCGGAAUGGUCAUGUAGCCAAUUCUUGGCCGCCCGUGCCAUUCAGAUAGUGGAACGGUGCAGAAUGUUACGGCGUGACUGACCGGUCUUAUGCUCGAUUUCAGUUGCUUCAUCACCUGAGAACCCUAUUUACAUCUCGCGGCUAUUCUUCUGUGCACAACCACAGCGACCGAUCUGGACCUCGUCAUCUGGAUCAUUGAAUCACUCGUUCAGCAUCUUCAACAGAUGCUUCCUUUCUUCCGCCUCAAGUCUCCUUUUCUCGCCUUAGUAAUAUGAGGCAGCUCUUCGCCUGUUGGCGUGUUUGACUUGACUUCGUUCACAGUCCUAGGGACUUAGGCCAUGUCUUUUGUCUAACUGCUUUACGGCUUCUAGCUUUAGUCUAUGCUUUGAAAAAGAAAGCCUUCUACUGCCUUGUUCUUCAUUCAUCAACUCUGUUCUGUUAUCUGGUAGG